AUGACUCAAAAUCAAUCUUUGUUCAAUCAACAAAGUGCUGCCAUCAGAAACUUGGAAACACAAGUUAGCCAACUUGCUAUUAAUCAAAAUAGUAGAGCCCUUGGUGCUUUGCCUAGUAACCCCGAAGUCCCGAGAGAUCUAGGAAAAGAACAUGUGAAGGUAGUAACUCUUAGGAGUGGUAAGGAAUUAACUGAGACCAUACCAUUAGGAAGUGAACAGGUUGUGUCUAAACCUGAGACUACACCUAUGGUCCCUGUUACUGAAAGUCCACCUAAACCUUUGGAUAACCCACUUCCUGAGACCACCACCUUUGUUCCUCCUAAGUCAGAAUAUCCUUUGUUAUUCCCUGACGAAGUUGCUAGGAAAAAGCCAAUUGAGGAUGAGGUUAUAACAGGUCCAAMAACCAAAGUUGUAAUCCCAUCUGAACCUCAAGAAACAAUUGAGCAAAUGCCCAGUUAUGCCAAGUUCCUAAAAGAUAUUUUGCGUAAGAAGAAGAAGUUAACCGAAUAUGAGACCGUAGCUCUUACCGAGGGAUGUAGUGCGCUUCUAAACAACAAAAUACCCCCUAUGCUUAAAGACCCAGGGAGUUUCACUAUUCCUUAUUCUAUAGGUGGAAAGGAGAUUGGUAAAGCUUUGUGUGAUUUAGGAGCUAGCAUCAACCUUAUGCCCUUGUCUGUUUUCAACACCCUAGGCAUAGGAGAAGCUAGACCCACCACUGUCACCUUGCAAUUGGCCAAUAGAAUCAUAGCUUAUCCCAAAGGUAAGAUUGAGGAUGUCUUAGUUCAGGUUGACAAAUUCAUCUUUCCGGCUGACUUCAUCAUCCUAGAUUUUGAGGCUGACAAAGAUAUUCCCAUAAUCUUAGGAAGACCUUUCUUAGCCACUGGUGGAACUUUGAUUGAUGUCCAAAAGGGAGAGCUGACCAUGAGACUCCAAGAUCAAAAAGUCACAUUCAAUGUCUUUAAUUCCUUAAAGUACCCUGAUUAUUUAGAGGAAUGA